AUGGCCUUCAAAGUCCAAUCUCUCAUUGCUUUCCUCUUCUCCCUCUGCAUUCUUCUCUCCAUGGCCAAUGAAGCAGUUGCGGGACGCAGUGUCCCGAAGGAGGGAGCUGACGUGAAACAGCCUGAGUGGCUGGUCGAUCACCACGAUGGCAGCGUGCUCAUUCCAGGCUUAGGGCGUGUGUUGCUGCCACCGCUGCAUGGCCAUCACGGCCUCCAUAAGGACCAUGACCAUUUGUAUUACAAUCCAAUCACUGGCACCUACAGCAGCGGAACAGGUAGGGCGCCACUUGGCCAUGGCAUCAUACCAAGUACGCCUCGCAGUUACAUUCCGGGUGGAGACGACACACUAGUCCCGAACCCUGGCUUCGAGGUCCCUAUCCCGGGCAGGAGUGGUGGUCCUCCUGUAACUGGUAGUCCUGUAAUUGGCAGUCCCUGA